AUGCCGAUCUUCAAUGGCGUUGCGCUCGUGACUGGGGCGGCCUCGGUUGACCGCGAUGCGAAAAAGCUCAAUGACACAGACCUGGCCAUUAAAGAGACCUUCCAGGAUGUUCAGGUCCUCGCUGUGCCAACAGACAUCUCCAAACAGGAGGACAUUGAGAGGCUCUACAGUGAAACUAUUGAAACAUUCGGCAGAGUAGAUUAUGUUGUCAAUGGUGCUGGUAAGAGUUGUCUUGCUACUGAAAAGUUCGUCGUCGACGACUGA